UAUAAGUAUGUGGACGUAAUAUAUACCCGAUGACUCGUCCAGCUCGUAGGGACCAGCGGUGGAGGCAUACUUAUGUACUGUGUAUAGUAUGUCCGGAGCGUCCUGCUUGAGUGGAGCCCGACUGCCGCCCUCUGCAGGUAGUUAUGGAGCGAUGAAAAAGAAAAUACCCCGCUAAAACUUUUUGAAGCAAACGAACCCAGACGAUCGUUUGCCUGCCUCAUGUCAGAACUCCCUUUCAAGCAAUUCUCUUUCACAUAAAGAGUUUGUUCACCAUGACCUCACCAGCCGGUAACCUUGGACAGCUGGAGCAACAGCGUCAACGCCUCGAGCAGAACGUCCGAAAGAUACGCGCGCUUCUGGACGAGUGGAAACAAUGGAAAAACGAGUACGAGAAUCUGAAGAAGGAGGUGGAUCUGCUCCCGCCAGACGCGUCGCCCAAGCUCAUGAAAACGAUGCGCGCAUCUUUCGAUGGCAAUCUUGUCGACGACGAUGAGCUAGCCAAGAUAUUUGGGGAUGGCGGCUCUCAAAAGCCAAGCCAGGUCAUAAGCACCCUGGUCAACCGGAUCGACUACGUGAAGCGAAAUAUUACCACAAUGGAGAAACGCCUCGAGACAGCCCAAAAAGAGUUGGCGGCACUGAACUUGCACGAAGACGAGGAGCACGACGCAUCCGAAGACGAAGGUGAAUACGUCCCAGAGGACGAGGGCUAUGGAGGAGAUGAUGGCGGCUUGCCAGUCACCGAGAUCUUGGAAGAGCUCGAUGAUGAUGACAAUGUCGUCUCAUACAGCCUCCGAACCCCCGGCAACAAUCAGUCAGAGCUCCUUGAGGCCCUGGAGAAGGCCGGUGUGAAAGAGCUACCGGCCUCUCCCGGCGCAGCCGAACAGAACAUCAAGCAAGUCGAGCGCCAAACUCCCAAGCCGCAGCCCCAAGAGACCUUGGCUCAGGCAAAAGCAGCGACGACAGGCGAUUCACCAAAGCCUAAGCCGCAGAAGAAGAGCGUCAAGUUUGCAGAAGAUACAAAACCUGCAAAGGCAGUAGCAACGCCUGCAAACAAGCCUGUGGCUGCCCCUUCAAAUCCAAAGUCGAAGGCGACAAAACCUGCCGACGAGAAGCCAGAAUACAUGUCGUUCACAGCCAAAGACAUCGAUGAGCUGAUGCGGGAGGCUAAGCAGCAAGAGAGCAUCAUAUCAGAUCCCGUCAUUCCUGCCGAUGACUCGGAAGAGGCCGCUCAGCUGCGGAGAGACAUGCUGGAAUACAACCUGUCUGAACUGAACCCCGUGGUUGCGGAACUUACCUUGGAAGAAGGUGGCUUGACGGAUGAAGAAGAAGAUGAUGAUUGGGACAUUGAUCUAGACGAGGAAGAGGGGGAAGACGACGACGAAGACGAAGAUCAGUGGGGUCGGUCUAAACGGAGCGUCGUCAACGAAGAAUACCGUCUGAAGAUGCUGGAAAUCCAACAGCGUCUACAAGGCCACACCUUUGAUUCUCCAGAAACACACAACGAUAGCGACGAUGACAACGGGGACGACCCGAAAGAGGGCAUUGCAACAAUCCGUGUCAAGACAGAGGAAAGCAAGCUUGACAGUACUUCUUAUGACAACACUGGGGUUGAACCUGACGGCGUUUCUGGGGCCAAGAAAAGCGUCCGAUUUGCGCCAGCAUUGGACGUGGCGGAAAAGCCAACCCCUUCUCGAGAUUCGGCACCUCUAGCUCAGCUUGAGAGACCUGAAGUUGAUCCUCUCUCGCAGACCAUUGUAGAGCGCAAGAGCAAUGCUCCCCCACCCACUGCACCAGUUACCAAGAAAGCCUCGAGAUUCAAGAUGGCCCGUGGUGAGGCAUCACCUAGCCAAACGCCCACGUUCAAGGCUCCGGUAUCGAUCGACGGCUCAGUCAUCAACCCGGAACUGCCUGUUUCUGAACAGCAGUUUGCCCCGUCUGGCCCAGAAGGGAAGACGAUGGCAGCCUCUGUGCUGGAACAUGCACCAUCCGAACGAGCCAGAGAGCCGGAUGAGUUCGAUGCCGACAUGCUUAAACAGCAGGCCGCUGUUGAGUAUCACAAGGUACGUAACCGAAUGAUUCAGAAGCAAGGCGGCUUCAUGAAGGAAGACGAGUCGCCUAUACGGCCGCUGGAUGAAGAGGAGGGCGGCCCGAAGCGUUUGAGUCGGUUCAAAGCAGCACGGCUUGCGAAAUCUUAGGGUCUCGAAAGUUUCAGUAGCUCAAUCUUGAGUCUUCUGGUUUUUCUUGGCCUCGACUGUGAAGCUAUUUUCGAGACGCCUCGUGACUUGGGAUAUAUCCAUGCGACUGUGAUCACCGCACGCAUAUGCCGCCUGACUGGUCCGGUUGAAUUGACUGGUUGUUCCCAGCUUGCUACGUGCACAUCUGCUCUCAAUCUGCUAUGGCAUUACUCGCGAUUCCAAGA